CUUCAUCAUCUUCACAAUGGCCGAAACCCUAAUUCAUUUUCUCACAUCCACCGUACUCAUUUUCUUAUUUCUUUCACCAGCACAAUCUCACAGUUUCUCAAAGAGAUUAUCUCCAGACACAAUAGGCCUCAAAAAAGAGAAAUUAACCCACCUUCACUUCUACUUCCAUGACAUAAUUACAAGCAAAAACCCUACUGCAAUCCCUGUCACCAAACCAGAAACAAACUCAUCCACACUCUUCGGAACUAUAUUCGUGGCCGAUGAUCCAUUAACUGUGGAGCCCGACAUAAACUCGAAGCUUGUCGGAAAAGCGCAAGGGAUGUACGGUUCAGCGUCGCAAACUGAUGUUGAAUUUUUUAUGGUUUUUAAUUUUGUGUUCACCGAAGGAAAAUUUAAUGGCAGCACUUUGAGUCUGUUAGGGCAUAAUGCUAUAUUUUCAGGAGUGAGAGAGAUGACUAUUGUUGGUGGAAGCAAAGUUUUCAGAUUUGCUCGCGGUUAUGCUCAGGCAAAGACACACACCAUUGAUCUCAAGACUAAUAAUGCCAUUGUUGAGUAUAAUGUUUAUGUCUUCCAUUAUUGAUUAUUUAUGUAUUUUGGUUUCUUGAUUUAUUUAUUGCAUGUUGUGAAUGUUGAUGACGUUGAUUAUAUAUGUAAUAUUGCCUUUUGUUA